CCUCGGCAAAAUUGAAAAGGUCUGCACCAUCGCAAAAUGUAAGCAGCAAUGCAGGCAGGGGAUUGCGCGGGCGAAAACCUCAACGGCAGACCUAGGGGGGAAGACAAUUCCUGAAUCCUCACAUGGUAGGAUGGCUUCAGCGGCGUGCCUUGUGGUUUCAGCUCCUGUGGCAGGCUGUAGUAUGACAUUGGACAGGCAGAACCUUACAAAAUGUGAGGUGCGGGGCCUGCAUCCAUGCAAUACGGUAGCGUCCAGCGCCCUCCGGAGUCACCCGUCCUUGCUUCCCUUUGAGGGUCCUCUGGCCCUUGUACAGUCCCUGCUGGUGCAGUCAAGAAAGCUUGGCAAGAGCGCACCACGCGCACUCCGGCAAGCAUACAAAUGCUGCUCAGGUGGUGAAUAUAAUACCUCCUCAAAAACAAAGCCCCGAAUAGGAGAAUCUAAUCCUCAAAAGAGAGAAGCAGCUAUGGGUACAGCCAGGUUGCCCGAUGAUGUGGCCCAAAAUGUGUAUGCUAAAGGGGAAGAAGGUGUCCAUCUUCAUCGCCGAACAAUUUCUGUUUCGCUGGGCGCUGCUGUCAGCAGCAUUCUUGCAAUUGGGUCUACACUGGAAGGUGCUGCAGCGACUUCAGAGGGUGACCAGAAAACGAGGCAGGGUGGCGCCACUACCGACAAGGGCAGUAAGAAAGCCAAUGUGUUUGAGCUGGAGGGCGGGAUCAAAGCUCUGGACGUGCGGAUAGGCACUGGGCCAAAUCCCAAGGAGGGGGACAAAAUUGCCAUCCAUUAUUAUGGCCGUCUUGGCGCCAAGCAAGGCUGGCGAUUUGACUCGUCAUAUGAGCACAAGGACCUGUUUGGAGUUCCAGAACCAUACGUUUUCACCAUUGGAUCGGGGCAGGUCAUUGCUGGCAUUGACACCGCGGUUCGGAGCAUGCGAGUGGGCGGCAUCAGGAGGGUCGUAAUUCCGCCCGACCAGGGCUACCAGAACAAGGAACAAGGACCAGUGCCGCCAGACUUCUUUGAUCGGCAACGACUUUACACGACCAUCUUCAACCCAACAAGGCUAGCAAACGGGGAGGGAGCAACUCUAGGAACGGUUAUCUUCGACCUCGAGCUCGUCCGGAUACAGUCGUGAGGAAAGAACAACUGAUCGACUUGUAUGCAGAACCCGGGUGGACACCAAACGACUGGCUGCAGUGUUUGUGCAGAUUUCUUCAGCAGCAUAUAGGCCUGAGGGUCGGAGCAUACAGAUAAGUUUGCAGUAGAUUGAUUGCUUAGUAAGCAGAGCUAGAACUUACCUAAGAUGACGUACAUAAAAUGCUCUGAUGUGUUGAAAUAGCUGAGUGCGGUACGGUGCGUCAAGACCGAGCCGCCUGAUAAGCCGAACGAACAGAGUUGCAACAUCAUGCAGCUUCUCAGGCGUGUACUAACCGCACUCAGUAGAGAAGGUUGAUGCUUAUUCUUUUAGAGCUUCUCGACCGACUUGAGAGGAACACGGGCGCGGAAAAAGUAAUCUGUAUGUCAAGCUCAGUGCAUGCGCAAUUCCGAU